AUGCCAACGAUAAUUAAGACGUUUUUGCUUUUUUCUUUCUGGGAUGCCGUGAAUGUCUUCUGUAUUAUUUCUAUACUCUAUGUCGUCAAGUUUUACGUUUUGUACUUCAAUCGCACAAAUCCGCUUCCUGGACCCUUUCCGCUUCCAUUAGUGGGCAAUCUCUUUCAAAUAUUAUUGUUUGCCGGGGAUAUUGGUAAAUGGGGGCUACACUGUCAGGAGAAGUAUGGUGACAUAUGGGAAACGUAUGUUGGUAAUGCAAAGAUUAUCUGGUUGGCCAGAGCUGAUUUAGCGGAGAAAUUGAUGAGCCCUUCAAGAGACAGUAACUAUUUUCACAGAACACGGGAAAAUCAUGAAUACGAGAUGCUAGGGUUCUCCUCGUCGGGUAUAGUGUUUAAUAGAAAUAGAACCACAUGGGCUUUCAAUAGGAAAAUGUUUGCUCAGGCUGUUACUAGUGGCGUAUUCACCAAACCGGUUAUAGAAUGGAUACAGUCGGUGUUUGUGGAAAUGGAAGGAUAUUUGCUUGAGUUAGGAUUCGACGAAAAAGAGUUCAACUUUGCCGAUUGGACUCCACGGCUCUUUACGGACAUGCUAUUUGCCAUGACAAUGAACAAGUACGCCUGCACACUGGCUACGUUAUAUAAUUCUCAUAACCCGCCCAAAUUUGCUCCAUAUUCGGAAGAAGCAGUUGCCGAAUCAGACACCUUUGUGAAAGCUUUGCAGAAGCACCUUCGUUCGUUGAAGUAUUUCCGAUUCACUCCAGAGAUUAUUCGCAAUAAAACUCCCUUUGGUCGCAAAAAGACCAAAGAGUAUGUGGAUAACUUGAUUUGGUUACGAGGAGUGUUGAUCAAAGUUAUCCGAGAGAUAAAGGAGAAAACCAUGAAUACUGAUGAGCCGAUCAAUUUGAGACCUGAUUUAAUGACAUUGCUGGCUGUGGUGAAUACACCAAAGGAUAUGACGAAAAAGGUGGAGAGUAUUGCUGAGCCGCCACUAACAGAUGAAGAGAUUGGAAAUUGUUUCAUAGAUAUAACAACUGCUGGCAUUGAUACGUCAUCAAACUUGAUUUGUUCCAUAAUAUAUUGGAUAAUCAAAUAUCCAAAGGUCAAGAAGCGUCUUCGUUCUGAACUAGACACAGUCCUCGGUACAGAUCCUGCUCAUUUAAUCAGCUACGAAGAUUUGAACAAACUUGAAUAUACAGAAGCCGUUAUCCAAGAGGUUUCUCGACUGCAUCCAGUUACACCUGUCACAUCCAGAUCACCCGAUAAGGACGAUGUAAUUAGUGGAUAUCCGAUCCAGGGCGGCGAACUACUAUUCGUUAGCAUCGCUGGAAUUCAGGUACAUCCUGAACAUUGGCCCAAUCCAAAAGAAUUUAACCCCGAUCGUUUCCUGAAAGAAAACAACAGCAUGAAGAGCAAAUUUCCUAUGUUCGGAGGCGGUCUGCGUGUAUGUCCAGGCAGGCAGUUGGCUAUGACUGAAAUGAAAAUUAUUGUCGCAAUGAUAUUUCGAAAAUAUGAUCCUGAAUUGGCUACACCAGACACUAAAGCGAAGUACAAGUAUGAAGCCAUAAACCGCUGUUACGAGUUGAUGUUGAAAUUUAAGAAGCGGGUCGAUUAA